GCCCCCUGAUCAUUGCCCAUGAUCCCCCCCUCACACUGAUACUGGCUCAUACGGAGUGUAUCUAUCUGCAGGCACCUCCCAGAGCUGGCAGGAACUCAGCUCACAGGGCCACUGAAGAGGUGCUGCAGGGCCAGGGAUGGGACUGGACGACUGAGGGACGACUGAGGGACGACUGAAGGGGACCAGGGACAGCCAGAUCAAUACACACAGUGAGAAAUAGACCAACAGGUACGAUGGUGACAGAAGAAGUAGUGGUCACCCUGUCGGGUGGAGCACCGUGGGGGUUCCGACUACAAGGGGGAGCAGAACAGCAGAAACCUCUUCAAGUGGCCAAGGUGAGGAAGCGCAGUAAGGCCUGCCGGGCUGGUCUUCGGGAGGCAGAUGAACUGAUGUCAAUCAAUGAUGUGUGCUGCGGAGAGCUGUCCCACUCUGAGGCCAUGAACCUGAUCGACAGCGGCCGGGGAAUCCUCCAGCUGCGGAUUAAACGGACCCCUGUUGGUUUCCAUUCUGUGGUGCUCCCGGACCGCGCCCCCUCCCCUCGCAUCGAUAAAGAGUACAGAGCCGCCCUCAGAGCCCUGUCUUCUCCAACCGCCUCCAAACUAUCAUGUGACCCCAGAUCAGCGCUCAUGUCUCCCACCAGCGGCCUGGAGUUCCUGACGUCUCCUCCGGACAGCGAGGCGUACUACGGCGAGACCGACAGCGACGCAGACAUCGCAGCUCAGGAGAAGCAGCGCAGGCAGAGGCGCCGCAGCCCCAACAGUUCUCCCGCCAAGACCAACGGUUCAGGAUGGCCCCUGGAGGAAGAGAACUCGGAGAUGAGCGGCUACGAGAGCGCCCCCGAUACUAUGCACAGUAUGUACCCCCAGAUGAAGGCCUGGGCCAUUUCUAACGGUGCGCUGGAGGGGAUGGGGUCCCCGCAGCAGCCCUGUCCAUCCGGAGUGACCCGCAGAGAGGUGGUCCUACAGCCCAGCCAGGUGGAGUGGUCCCUCCAGGCCGAGAACUCCUCAGAAAACUCCGACCAAAGCCCCUCAGGAGCAGCAGAAGUGGACAGUGGCUUCCAGGAGCCCCCGACAGUGCCCCCUCCACUGGUGUCCCCAGAACGGGCCAAAGAAGCCCUCCUGCUGGCCUCCCACAGGCAGCUGGUGCCCAUGGUGGGUCCUGUGGAAAACCCUGUGGAUGAAGAGCUCACUGUCACAUACAUGGAUAAAGCCAAACAAGCCAAGCUUCACCGGAGCGAGAGUGUACAGGACAAGCAGGUGAAGGAGGCCCGAACCAAGUGCCGCACCAUUGCCUCACUUCUGACGGACGCUCCAAAUCCUCACUCGAAAGGUGUGCUUAUGUUCAAGAAGCGCCGUCAGCGCGCAAAGAAGUACACACUUACCUGCUUUGGAAGCGUAGACGGUGAGAGCUUGAGCAAUACAGAAGGAGAGACCGAAGACGAGAGUCUUUUCCCGGGCAGCGAGUCAGAGUUGGACGAGGACUGCUUUUCUGCAGCGCCGGAUCCUACCUGGGACAGUGGCUACCUGGAUAUUUUGGACAGGAGGACCUCAGCUUGCGUGGUAACUGACGAAGACCCAGAGGGAAGCCCUGGUCUGAGUGCCACCUCUGGAAAAGGGGCACAACUUUUUGAGCAACAAAGGAAGAGGGCUGAGAAGCAUACAUCCACACCUGUUACCCUGACGCCGGCCCCCAUGCCCCAGCAGCAGCCCAAUAAUAUGAUGAUGUACACACCAGUUGCUCCAGUUACACAGGCUACUCCAUUUUCAUCUCACAACAGCAACAUGGUGAAUGGUGAACCCAUGGUGGUGAGCAGAACCAGCAUGGUGCUAUCUUCACCAGGCCAGACUUCAAUAACCCCCAUGACAGGAACUUUACCAGAGCAAUCAGACCCUUCGUCUGGCAACUCUAUCCACAACAGAACAGCCAAACCAUUCGCCCCAGGCUGCAUCAGCCAUAGAGCAUCCACAGCUCCAGUCAUCUUCAGGCCCAACACUGCCAAGAAAGCCCCACUUCAAGCUCAAGCUGUGUCUGUGGCGUCUGUUGCAGCCCCUUUCAGCCCUGGUGGUUCUGGUGGCUCUGAUGGAAAGAGAGCAAUCUCCACCUCUUCCCUGUACAUCCCACCCAGACCUGCCACAGUCAGUGGCCCUCCAUCAGUCUUCUCUCCAUCCUCUUCUGUUACCUCCCCUCCAUUUUCUCCUCCUGCAAUAAACUACCCACCUUUUUCUCCACAAGGUUCAGGAAUAUCUCCCUUCUCUCCUACAUCUGCUUCAGCUCCACCCUACAACCCAGCUACAGCUAUGGCAACUCCACCUUAUUCUACGCCCGCAGCACAAACUUUCAGUCCUCCUCCUCCUCCUUCUUCUUCCAUGGCUAGCACCCCAUAUCAUCCUCCACCUCCAGCUUCAAUGCCAUCACAGUCCUAUUUUUCCCCUUACACUGCUUCCUCCACUGCCCACCCUCCUGCUUUAGCUCAUGCACCAGCUUAUGCACCAGCUCCUGCCCCUCUGCAAAUUCCGCCAACAGUUCCUCAAGAUGUUCCUCAGGUUCAGAACAUGCAGCCAUCGCCAAGCCACAAAGUUUCCUUUAACCCAUAUAUCUCAGUUGCAACUACUACAUCCGGAACAGCAGUGACCCCCGUGCCCCAGCAAUAUCCCCUCUCCAAUUCAGGCCCAGUGGUUUCUUCUCGAGAGCAGCGGAUCUCUGUGCCAGCUACUCGCACGGGCAUCUUGCAGGAGGCUCGUCGGCGCAGCACUAAUAAACCCAUGUUCAGCAAACCUGAGGAGAAGAAGCCUGUGUCCUACAACCCGGAGCUGCUGUCUCUCGUGCAGAACUUCGACGACAGGUCUCGCUCCGGAGCAGAGCACGGCUUUGAGUCUGGUCCAGAAGAGGACUUCCUCAACUUGGGUGCGGAAGCUUGCAACUUCAUGCAAGCCCAAAGGGGUAAAAUGGCGCCACCGGUGGCUCCAAAGCCGGCACACAAAGCCCCCGAGAUCCCUCAAAUGGGAGGUAAAGGAGCCGAACUGUUUGCACGAAGGCAAAGUCGCAUGGAUCGAUAUGUGGUAGACAAGCACCCCAAAUCUCCAGCUCAGCCUCGCGAGCCAUCUCCAACACCUUCGCUCUCUUCUAACUGGAAAUACUCCCCCAAUGUCCGUGCCCCUCCUCCAAUAAGCUAUAACCCUUUGCUGUCCCCGUCUUGCCCCCCAGUGGCCCAGCGAGGCAAUAAGGCUAAUGAACCUCCAAGAAGCGGAAUCAAGGCAGCUCCUGGCCAGAACAAGCAAGGCAUCAAAGCUUUGGACUUCAUGAGCAGACAGCCUUACCAGCUUAACAGCUCUUUGUUCAGUUAUGGGGGAGGCGUACCUCAGACAGCUUCAACCUACCAACAACAAAAUGGAUUUGCCACAGCCGGCAGCAACCUGAUCUCACCAAAGCAAGUCCCUGUCAAAUCUCCUCGAGUCUACGAGAUCAAGAGGUUCUCCACACCACCCCCAAUGUCAGCACCCACCACCCUGAGGCCAACAGUGAUCGUCCCUCGCUCUGCCACCACUUUGGCUGAGCCUCUAUGGCGAUCUGACCUCAGUUCACCGCCUCCUGUUGCUCCACGGCCUGCUGCACCCUUUUCUCCUCCACCUCCUGCCCCUACGGCGGCGCUGCCAGCACUGCCCCAGUUUUCCACUGCCGCUGUGCCCAAUGCAGUUCACAUCCCAGCACCUACACCUAUGCAAGCCCAUGCUCCAUUCCAGGCAGCAAAGCAAUUCAAAAGUGCCCCUGAGCUGAGCCCCCUGUCACCCACUAGGGGGCGCUCUGCGGUGUCUGGAAGCAGCCAGAACCUGCAGGUGCCCAGACCCCGAUUCAGCACAUCCAACAUGGGCCUGCAACCCAAAGUGUGGAGGCCUGGCUCCAUGAUGUACUAAACUACACCAUGCCUAAAAAAAAAGAAAUAAAUUGAACCAGCGCGUUGAAGUAGUGAAGUAACACGGUGCAUUGCACAGUGCAUCUGUGGAACAUUUGGACACUGGAACUAAUGAUUGCAUGUGCACAGUUUAUUCACAAGUUGCUUUCCUGAUCACCAGUUACAUUUAUUGACCUGUCUACACAAUUAGAUGAGUUGCAAAUUUCAUGCAAUUUUACUUAGUAGAAAGAAAUUAGGACUCAGCAUCAGCAGCCGGAGUCUGAGAGAGAACACAACUGGCCAUGCUCUCUCGCUCUCUCUGGGUGGGUAGAAGAUACACAGGCAUCUGUGGGCUGAUGUAUCAAAGAUGGGGAUCUGGCGCUUUCUUCUGCAAACUUAGCAAUAGCUGUCAAUAGCUGCAAUGGAUUGGCGGCAAUUGGAAAAAAGGCGGGAUUUGACUUCAAGUACUGUAUAUCUGAGUAUAUCUCCCAACUAGUGUUGGGAGCAUUGCAAGUGAUAGGGGAAGUCCUAGUGAGUGAGUGGGUUGGAAAAUAGGAAAUUGUGGAAAAUUAACAUUUUAUUUUAGUUUAUUAUUAAAUGUUAUUUUUCUAAAUGGGGCCAUAAGUGGGCACCACUAUCAUAGGCGUGACUCAAGCCCACAAAGGUUACUGAUUACAAGGAUUACCAGGGUGUAAAAAAGGAACAAAAAGAAAGAAUGAAAAAGGCUUCAACAGAUGAAAUCUUUCAACAGGUGAAGAUGAGAUAAAGAUCAAAGAUGAUGAAUGAAGACAUGCAGCUCAUUCCACUGCAGAGAUUUAUGGACCUGUCUUGGACUUGGAACUUGAGAGGGUUUCUAUACAUGUGUCAACAUUGUCACGGGAUGUUAUAAAUUGUAAGAAAUUGAGUUAUCUGGAGCAGCGACGGACAGUGAGGCACAGCGGUUCUGACAAAGAGAGAUGAAAGGGAUGCUAAAUGCUAUAUGCUAAAUGCUAUAUGCUAUGGUGUCUGUGUGGAAAGAAACAGGACUGGUAUCCACAGGAGAGAUGGUACAAAUCACACUAAACAGCACCCUAAUCUCUGGACCUGCAGGUUUGAUUUCCAUAUAUUUGGGAGUGGAUCGCUUUGGCUGCUUGAUGCAUGUGCAAAGAAAAGUCCCGCCCCUCCAUAAAACAGAAAUUCUGAUUGGUUCUGCUGUGAUAUUUGAGUCUAUCUGUUUUUGCAUUGUAGAUAAGCAGGAUUUCUUUUAUUAAACUCAGUUAAAAUGUGUUAAAGAGUGUUAGAAAAUAUCAAUAUAUUGAAAUAUUGCAAUAUUUUGUAUUACAAUACUGUACCAAAGUAGUUUACAUGUAAAAAUUGGUGUCAGAAGUGGUUAAUUUAGUUUAUGUUAGUUUAGUGUUUAAACCCCGCCCACUGAUGAUUGGCUUAUUCUUGGAUUCAAAGUCGAUUUUUAUUUUAAAUGAUUUUACUCUGAUUUUAUAAUUAUGAGUGUUUUUAUACUAUGUGAGUUUUCCUAAUAUUCCUAAAAUCCCAUUGCUUACAUUAUCACAAUAUAAUUCUAAGUAUGUAGUGAAUUGUAACUCCUGUAUCAUGAUACGUAUCAUAUCGCCAAGUUCUUACCAAUACACAGCUUGAUUAAAAAAGUAUUUUUUUAAGAAAACGUUCAUAUUAAAUUGUUUAAUGGUCUAAAUUAGAAUCUAUUUUAAUGUAUUACUCAUAUGGUAUUAUUCAAACAUUGUUUAAAAAAAUGUAGCCAAUAUGAUCCGAGGAUUACUGGUUCGAAUCCCAGAUCAUGCUGCUUGGCAUCAGCAGCCGGAGUCCGAGAGAGCCCAAUUGAGUACAGUAGGUGGCGCUCUCUCUUUCCCCUCAUCACUCUUACUGUGUGAUGUUGGUCAGCACAGGCAUCUGUUAACUGAGGUAUCAGAGCUGGGGAUGCGUAGCUUUCCCCUAUGUGCUUUAAAGCCACUAUGAUCCGAGGAUUGCCAGCUAAUGCUGCUUGGUAUCAGCAGCCGGAGUCAGAGAGAGCACAAUUGGCCCGCAUGCUCUCCCUAGCUGGGGAUGCGGCACUUUCCUUCAAGUGCUUUGUGAUGAUACCCAUCAUCAUGAUGCUGCAUCAGCUGGAUUUGAAAAGUGCAGUAUAAGGCCUUUUAAAUAUGGGAUAAAAGAGAAAAUGGGAUAAAAUUAGACAAAAUGUAGUCAUUACAGGGUUUAUAGGCUCAUGAAAAACCUAGAAAAGUCAUGGAAUUUGAAUUUCCAUGCUUGGAUUAGUUUUGGAAAAGUCAUUGAAAUUUGGUCUAAAAUCUUUGAGUUUCAGUUUAUCGAUGGAAGUGAAAUCUAUCUAUUUAGAGCUACAAAUACUUCAGCUUAGAGUUAAUUUAGUAAUUUAACCCUACACAAUGGAGCUCUCAGGAUCUGACACACAUUUUAUUGAAAUAUUAAAAAUGGUGAGUCAGCCUUUUAUCAGAUUAAUUUUAGACCUACUUUUAAUUAAUCUAAAUUAUAGUUUUAGUUAUUUUUUUUUUUUAUUUUACUGUCCAUGUCUGCACUGAUGUUUUAAAAAUGUUAUGGUUAUGGCAAUUUGCCUUGAAGGCAUGGAAAAGUAAUGAAAAAAAAUCAUAGAAAUGUAUUGGUCUUUAGUCAUUAAUGAUGUUUUUCCUUCAAUCUCAUGCUAAGCACCUCCCCCUGGAUUUUGGAAAAAGAGCUUUGGCUGCUUGAUGCAUGUGCUCAUUUCGCUCAGAUGCUUCUCCAGACUGCAGAAGGUGAUGAUGCUGAUCGCUCAUAUUUGCCCUGUGCUACAUUCGGCAGUGCAUGCGGCUCCCGGGGCGAGAGUUAUGGUGGAGAUGACUGCAUGACAGAUUGGAAAAGCACCUGUGUCAUUUCUCAGUGCAUGGUUUAUGCCGCUCCAUCACGCCAGUGUUACGCCUUUUUUUUUUUUUUUUUUACGUUUCAUUGCCCCUGCUCUUACUGUGGAAGACGCUAUUGCAAAAACAAACAUGACUUCUUCUGUUUGAGGCUUGUGCUUUACCCAUAACUCAAACCCAUAACUAAAAUUGUAAAGUUAAAGGGUAAAUGUAUAAAUUUAUCAUCAUCAAAGAGAUAGUUGCACUUGCAAGAAGGUUGCAGAAGGUUAAAGGGUUGCAUUAAAAUGUAAUUCAAAAAGAAUAUGGAUGUCAUAUUUAAUUUAUAACAACAAAUGAAUAUAAAUCUAAACACAUAUGGGCAAUAUUUAUUGAGCUACACUUACUAAAGUAGAGUUUAGCGGAUGUGUACCAAAGCAACAUGCCAGACGUUUCAGUAGACGUCUCGGCAUUUACAGAGCUGUAGAGGUUCCUAAUGGAGUCCUGUGAUAAUCUCUCCCAUAUAGCUCCAAUAUUCUCAUCCCACACAUAUUCAGUCAGGGUUAGGCCUGGUGAUGCAAGACAUUUAUGUCUUCAAGACACAGAUUGAUUAUAUUGGAUGGAUUAUCACUGGUCUCCAUUAGGAACCUCCACAACUCCGUAGCAGCGUUACACGUGCAUCAAACACUACUUCUGUAUGUGUAGCCCAAUAAAUAUUGGUUAUAUCAGUCUAAAUCUUUCUUUUAAUCAUGUAUUGUUUCCGUUAACAUUUAUCUUCCGUAUAAAUAGUAAAGCAAUUCAACAUUUUCAACCUUCUAGAUUUCAGAAACCUGGUAAAUUUCAGAAAAAAUCAUACUAAAAAAAAAAAGCAUGGUGGUGGUAGUGUGAUGGUCUGAAGCUGCUUUGCUGUUUCAGGAUCUGGAGAACUUGCUAUAAUAGAUGAAACUAGGACUUCUGCUACAGUUUACCAGGAGAAUGUCCCGCCAUCUGUGUGUGACCUCAAGCUCAGGUGUACUUGGGUUCUGCAGCAGGACAAUGACCCAAAGCACACAAACAAGUCCAUUACUGAAUGGCUUAAAAAUAUUUCUGUGGAUGAUCUUAAACAGGACGUUUAUUCUCAACAACAAAAAAAAAACCCCUCCAAUGUGGCUGAAUUAAAGUAAUUUAGCCAAAAAGAGUUCAACAUUUUCAACCUUCUAGGUGCAACUAUUUUUUAAUGAUGAUGUAUAACCAUAUAACCAGUUAAACAGAUCCUGUGGUGGGUACCAUUUCUCCUCUGGGGUUUUGUAGUUGGUUGUUGGAAGGUACAGUAAAUGAAGCACUAGAGACAUAAGGAAUUUGUGAUGAUUAAAGGAAUAAGGUAUUAAGUAAGAAAUGACACACAAUAUGAAUCCCUUCUUUUUAUGUAGGACACGUUUUACACUGAGAUGUUCAUUUUCAUAUUGCAUAGUGCAUGCCAUGAGAUUUAGCGUAGAAACUAUUGCAUUAAAGGUAACUAUUUACUUUAUAAUGAUUAUGUGAUGAUGAUAACAGUGUCUCAGCCGUAAAGGAAGUGUUCGCUGUGAUUAUGGUACGAGAAGGGAAGCUACAGGUUUUUUGAGAGCGAUGGAAAGCUGUUAUGAAUGUAUUGAUUUGUGGGUCUGGGGGUUUUUGACUACUAAUUUUUAAUGUUUGAGACACAAACUGUAGUAAUAAAAAUAUAUAUGAAAAUGUCA